AAUUUAUAUAGAAGAAUGGCUAAAGAAGUGGGAAAUAUAUUGGUUUCACCAGCUGGUUUAUCAACGUCGCUGGCAAUGUUGUAUUUAGGAGCGAGAGGUCAAACUGCUGAAGAAAUGGAGGACGUUCUAGGAUAUAAAAAAGCAAGAGUUGAUUUGCAACAUUUCCAUUCGUCGUUUAAACAAUUAAUUUUAAACCUACAAGCCACUACCGAACAUAAAUACAUAUUUAGAAUGGCUAAUGCACUUAUGGUACAGUCCGGUUUUCAUAUUUUGCAACGAUAUAAUGACGACUUGGAGUUUUACUACGAAACCUUACUGAAGAACGUCAAUUUCUCAAGAAAUUCGGAUGAAAUUCUGCGUGAAAUUAACACGUGGGUGGCUAAAAAUACUAAUAAUAAGAUCUCGACUUUUUUAACAAAACGCCCUUCACCUUCUACAAAGUUACUUAUGUUAAAUGCCAUUUACUUUAAAGGAUCUUGGCAGAAUCCUUUCGCACGGGAUUUAAUUCUAUCUUUACCUUUCUACAAUAAUGGCAAUAAAGCUUCCAAUAAGUACGUUAAAAUGAUGAUUCUACAUCAUAACGUACCUUAUGUGAAAUAUGCAAAGAUGGAAGCUGUUAAACUUUCUUACUAUGGAGGCGAUAUUAGCAUGUUAAUAUUAUUGCCCAAUGAAUUAGAUGGAAUUAGAGAUUUAGAGCAGCAAAUUUCACUUAAAGAUAUGACAGAAAUUCUUAAAAAUAUGAAAGAAACCAUGAUAAAAAUUUUGUUGCCGAGUUUUAGGCUUGAAUACUCUACAGAAAUGAAAGAAUUUUUGAAUGGAUUAGGCAUGAACAGUGUCUUUCGUGAAGAUUCUUCCGAUUUAUCCGGCAUAUGUGAUGAAGGUUCGAAUUUAUUUGUAUCAAAAAUCUACCAAAAAAUAGUUGUGAACGUAAACCAGAACGGUACAGAAGCUGCUUUCGUAACAGAUUUAGAAUACGAACCUAGAUCAGCUGCUACUGUAAGUUACUUUCGUGCUGAUCAUCCCUUUCUAUUCUUCAUAAUUAAUGAGAAGAAUAGAAUGAUUCUCUUUGUGGGUAGAGUUAAUGAAUUGUAAUGUAAAUUUAAUAUAAAAAAUAAAGAGAUUUCUACCCAUAUGAUCGUAAUUUGAAACCUCAUUUACCUUAUUUAGGUCACGGAUAUAGGAUACAGGUAAACCUAUUUAUAAAAGCUAUAAAUUAAAAACGGUUUCUGCUUGAUAUAUUCGAUCUUCACACCCUUAUAAAGGUAAGUUUCGUUCUAUUAAACUCUAUUAAUAAAAUAUCUAAUAAUUUUGCACUAUUUUACACUAAUACAACAUAAUAUAAUAAGUUUAAAAUUUUUCUAUCUAAAAAAUAAAAUGGGUAAUAUGUUACUUUCAUCUCUUAAUCUUAAAUUAUAUAUAUAUUUUUUAAAUAAUUAA